AUGACAAUGACUACAAUACCAGAAGGUCUUAAUAGCCCUGUCUCGGGAAAAACCGUUUUCAUGGAAUUUGGACCCCCGAGUCAACAAAUGUCGCCUUCCUCCAUGUCCCACGGACACUACCCCAUGCACUGUUUACAUUCUGCAGGUCAUCCCCAGCACGACAGCUCCUACAGUCCGGCGUCCUCCUUUCCCAGGUCCUUGGCUUAUCCAUACGUCAACUCCGUGGGCGGCCACUCCACCAGCCCGUACCUCAGCACCGUGCAGAGCUACCACCACAGCCCGGCGCAGCUCUCCCAGACCCGGCUGGAGGACCCAGCACCGGAAUCGGAGAAGAACACCGUAGUGGAAGGGGGAGAAGUUCGCUUCAACGGAAAGGGCAAAAAGAUCCGAAAGCCCAGAACUAUCUACUCGAGUUUACAGCUCCAGGCUCUGAACCGGAGGUUUCAACAGACCCAGUACUUGGCGUUGCCGGAGCGGGCAGAGCUGGCAGCCUCCCUCGGUCUCACGCAGACACAGGUGAAGAUUUGGUUCCAAAACAAGCGAUCCAAAUUCAAGAAGCUGAUGAAGCAAGGCGGAGGUCAGAUCGACGCCAGCGCUUUGGCCAAUGGCCGAGGACUUUCCAGCGGCUCCCCCACCGGUGCACCUGUCUGGAGUUCCCCCACCACCGGGAAGACAUCCGUGGGGACGCCUGCGCCCUACAUCCCCAGCUACACGUCGUGGUACCCCACCACGCACCAUGAAUCUAUGCAGCAAUCACAGCUCAUGUGAAGGGAGAACCGGCUCUCCCCAUCUCCUGGUGCCGCACGCACGGGCUCACGCGAGACUGAAAGGGGGGCGAGCACUCAGCGUGCCCCCCCCGGGGGGUCAACGCACACAUGUAUUCCCGAGCUGGCCAGUGAGUCGCCUCUGCCUCUGACACAAUGCCCCCCCUGAUACCGGACGACAGCGGUCUGCGCGGAGGGAUCUGGAGAGGCUGGAGGGGCGCAUUACUGCCUGGGGGGGGGCGAACUGUCCUUCGGCGUCCGCGACAGCCACCGGAAAUGGUAAACAAAUGGAUGUUUUUGGCUACUCCGUUAAUGGUUUUUUGCUGCAUUUGAGAGCGCAUGGGUGGAAUGGGCCGAGCCGACUCCGAGAACAAUCCACGAUGGUAUAUUUUUCAUUAGGCUAUGGAUGAAUAAACCCCAGGCGACUGACCCACAACUGGAGGCUGGUGUGGGCUGCUGUUCGGGCCGAGGAACUGUGUGAACAUCUGGGAGUGAAUCAUCUCCCCACCAACACUUUUUAAUUACAAAUGUAUCGGGCCUUGUCGUUUUUAAAACAGAUACUAAUGAUAGCACAGCAUCCAUUUUGAAUAUUCGCCAAGGCUACAGCCCGAUGCUAUCAAAGAUUGUGAAAAGACUGAAAUUGAUAAUAUAAUAUGUGUGUGUGUGUGUGUGUGUGUGUGUGUGUGUGUGUGUGUGUGUGUGUGUGUGUGUGUGUGUGUGUGUGUGUGUGUGUGUGUGCGCGUGUGCGUGUGUGUGUUUUCUAUUUAAUUUAAGUUAUUCGGAAUUGUUUCUGUUGAGAGUCAAUACGUGUUCAUUUGUUUGUGUAUUUGACAUGACAUCUUUAUGUGUUGAUGCUGCACUUAAUGCCAGCGAUGCUCUGAAUGGGCCCCCGUAAGGAGACGCGUAAGGGCCUGUCCUGCUUUAAGACACAAGGUCAAGGACUCGUUUGACCCGGCGUUGAUGUAAAAAAUAGAUAUUCCCAGAUUUGUGAUGUAUUUGGUACGCUGUGAGACCGGGUUUUAGACAUUCUGUAUUCGUCGAGAUGUGUUUAGUCAGUAUAGAAAUAUUUAGUUUUGUAUUGAUCACUUAAUUUAUUUAUUUGUUUUUCCCUGUAAAUAUGUGCAAAGUUUCAAAACAGUAAAAUAUUGAUUUAAAUGAU